GAAUAAUUCAGUAAACAAUAUUUAAUGGUGCAAACCACAAUUAUUAACACAGUUGUGCCAUUGAAACAUAUGUUUUUGGAAACCAACUUUUAUUAUUAAUUUAGUUCUAAUGCUUAAAUCGAUCAACUAUUUUAAGUUAUCACAUUCUUUUUAUUUAUAUAUUUAUGCAAUGUACUUUAAUUUAUUUUUAUCCAAAUAUGAUAAAUGAUGAAAUUACAAAGGGUACAACAGAGCUAAAGACACCUGUGUCUUUAGACUUAUGAAAAAUGUUCAAAGAGGGUUCACAUUGACUGAUCCAAUUACAAUGGAGAUUAAUUUGUUUAUAGAAUAAUUAAGAUGUUAUGAAAUGCCAAAUGUAAUUGAAAUUAACAGAAAUGGGUAACACUUUUCUGAAAUGAUUAUUUUGAGUAAGUGUUAUUUUAAUUUGUUACUAAAAAGCCUCUUGAUGUCUCAAAAGUAUUUGCCUAAGUUGAAAAUUUUUGCACUAGAAAUAUUGCCCCUAUAUUUACACAAUAUCACUCUAACCCCCCUGGGGGCCUUUUACCCCACACUCGCCACAUUGUUUUUUUUUUUUUUUUUUUUUAAGAAUUUUAAUCAAAACAAACUUCCGUUAUUAUUUCUUUUCACACAAAUGUUGUUGCUCCAUAAAUAUUCAAUAAAAAUAAAUGUUUUUAUUUUUAUUUUAUCUUAAUACACUUUGCGACCAGAAAUAAAGCAAAUGUUCCUUGCCCAGUUGUAACCUAAUAUUUACAGCAACUUUAAAAGCAUUUUGACGAAAUAAGCCAUUCAUAAAAUUUAAACUGAACAGAACUAUUUCUUCGCUGGAUCAGCUGACGUCACGCAUCUCCUCAUUUCGUCUUCCGGUUAUUGAAAUACAAGCUUUGCUCAUACCGACUCCGACCGCGAUCCACAGAGUUCGGAGUGUGCUAGACACUGCUGUGCAAGACAGUCAUGGCUGGCUUUGGGAACAAGUUGAGCUCUUACUCUAUAAUUCAGUUAAGCGAACUGCUCGAAGAUGACGAGAAGCUCAACAAAAUCAUUAACGACACAGAUGAGAUUAAAGGACUACAGCAGAAUAAGGAGAUGACACUGGCUAGUAACCGGCUUCUGGCUGAGCAGAACCUUCAACUCCAGCCCAGACUAGACCACCAAAAGAAUGAGCUAACCAAACGCUACCGGUGCCUACAGGAGCAUUUUGAGGCCUGUCAGCUGCGCAAGUCCUCUCUAGACCACAAGUCUGGAAACUCUCCCUUGGACACAUUGCUUGCUCUCCUACAAGCAGAAGGGGCCAAAAUUGAGGAAGAAACUGAGAAUAUGGCUGACUCUUUCCUUGAUGGCGCAGCCCCUCUAGACGCAUUCAUUGAUGAGUACCAGAGUAAGAGGAAGCUGGCACACCUUAGAAGAGUGAAGAUCGAGAAGCUUCAGGAAAUGGUACUAAAAGGGCACCACAUGGCCCCAGCAGCCCCUCAGCCCUCUCGAUCUGAGGACCUCCUGUCCAGGCCAGCUGCUCUCCAGAGAGAGGUCAAUGGAUCCCCCAUGCCGAUGCCCCGCCGGGCUCCUCCUCUCCCUCCUGUUAAAGUUCCCCCAAGUCCUACUAUCCAGCCCGCUGCAGCUGUCUCCUACCCCGCUGCCACUCCAUACCCCCCCUCCUCUCCAUACCCUCCUAUUCCUCCCAGAGUCGGAAAUCCACCAUCUAGUCUUAACCAGGGAUACCCCAGCAUGUAUAUGCAGCAAUACCCCCCAACUGUCCCCCAGAGACCCCCUCCACGCAUGGCACCCCAGCCAGGCUUCAUCAUACAGUGAAUGGGGCCUUAUGGUCUAUGGAGAAUGAACAAUAUAAACACUGAACAUUCAUGUAAGCCUUUUGUAGGUCCUUCAGGCUGAAUAUUAUAAAAUAUUAUGCAGGAAGAUGCCAGGAUGGAGUCUUGUCAUGACAAAUUAACAAGACAUUUCUGCAAUCAAAGGCGCAUCUACAACAUGACCUUCAAUUUGCACUUUAGACUUUUUAUUGUAUUGAAUCAGUCAUGGCUGGUUGCAGAGUCUUGCUAUUCUUGUUCUGACUUUGGGCUCUCUUCAGCAGCAUUAGAUCAAGUCAGAUUGCUUAGUCAAUUUAAGUUUUACAUGAGCCACAGGGGCUUCCAUACAUAGUGAAGAUAUCACAAUUCAGGAUCUGGUUCUGGCCUCUUAGUUAUCUGGCUAGACAAAUAUGAGAAACUACAAUUUGAUGUUUUGAUUUGUGUUUGAGUUGUAUGUGAUCCAGUCAAGUUCAUACUAAUAUGUCAGUUCAUCUACUUUAAUUUCUUCUGGCAUUUCAUACAUGAAAAAGCUGCUUUAACAUUAACAAUAGUGAUGCCUAUGCAAACAGACUGAAAACGUGUUGAGUUUAUGGAGGGAACCAAAACAAACAUUUUUGCUCUCAAGGUUAUUUCAGUCAUGCAGUCAAAUAUGUUAUUUCACUGGUUCCAGUUCUUAUAAAAGUACAUGUGCUAGUAGCAGUAGAGAACAGGUUGAUUUAUACCAAUUUCUUUAAGAAAAGACAUAAUUUGGGGUAAAUUCGGGUGAAAUCCUUUGGUACUAAUUUGGUGGAUGAAAUUGGGUGGUGGGAGCUAGUAAAGCCUUAUGUGUCUCAGAUGUAAGCAAAUUCAUGCUGAUGGAGGGAGUUAAUUAGAUCGAUUUUGGAAUAAGUAUGGGUGAACAGUAGUGUGUGUGGAGAAAACAAAAUGAGUGAAUGAGUUAACUUUAGUAAAUGAGUCAUGUGAGGUAUGAACAUUUGUGAGGCAUAUGUGCUUGGACUGUCUUAUUACCGUGCAUACUUAAACUGAUGCUCGAUGCAUAAUUUACCAUUUUAAUGUUUAUAUCUAACACAGUAAUCGUCCAUGUACUUAUUUUUGCCAUCUGGUAUGAAGAUGUUCAUUGAAGAUGUUUCAUUAUUUCCAUACCACACAUCUUAAUUGACUUAAAAUAUUUUCAGCUAAUAUAGACAUAUAAUUUUAAUUCUUCAGACAAAUGUUAUGUAACUAUUGGUAAAUUUGGAAUUUGGAAGUACUUAGGUCAGGUCUGUUACAUAUCUAUGUCUUGUUUUCCAUCCAUAAUCUGUUGUAUAACCAUUGCCCAUGCCUUUUGUUUUCACCUUAGGCCUAUAUAUAUAGGCCUAAGGUGAAAACAAAAGGCAUAUAUAUAUAUAUAUAUAUAUAAAUCUUGCAUUUUUGGGUUGGUAUUGUCUGUGUGUCUACCACUGAAAGAGCCAUUUUGUGCAUAUGCUGGGUGAGCUGAGGACUUGUUACUGAGGUGACCAAUGUGGUAUGUGCUUCAUACGCCUCCUUGCCUUCCCGCUGUAUAGCGAGUCAUUUAAAAACUCCAGAAUACAGAAUUGUUUACACAGGUACACCCUUACAAGUGUCCUUUUAUCUAAAUAUCUUAUGUUUGUUUUACCAAUUAGAGCCAUAAUUAUGUCUCACGUUCAGGAAGUUGUCAUGAUAGAAACAGGAAGAGAGUAACUUUGUCCUCUUUUAAUCUCUGUUGCUGCUACUUUUAUUCUGUCAGUAACAUUCACUUAAUGAGCCGAGACCAGAAGAUCUCUUACAAUUCAUUAAUAUGCAGGCUGUGUUUGAAUUAAAUCACUCCACAUUUGUCAAAAUCUGCUUUAUCUGAUACUGAUGAGCACCAGAUCUAAGGGUAGAAUUAUUUGCGUACUAUAUGAUCAGCUUAUUUUAUGUCUAGACCAUGACAUACCUGUGAAAUUCUGUACUAUGACAGGCAUGCCAUUAAUCUGGAUAAACCAGCUUACUUUCUCGGAAAUGUUUAUGUAUAGACAUGUUUGGAUUGUCUUAGAAAUAAUGAUAAUGCUUAGGUUUGUAACUGGUAAAUCAGCUGAAUUAUGUCAAUGGCAAUAUAAAAUUGUGUUUUGUACUCUCCAAAUGUUACAUAUACAGACUAUUCUGUGCUAGUUAUUGCCUAUUAAAAGUAGUAGAAAUGGUAAAUGGAACUGACAUCUCUAUUUUAAAGACAAUAAAUGCUAUCCCAUCACUUUA